AUGAAAACUAAAAGUUUCUUAUUGUUUUCUACAACUAUUUUUGCCAUUAGUAUUUUUUUGAUAGUAUUCCAUUCACAGCCACCACAAUCAUUUCAAAAUAUAGUUUCUCAAACCCAUCAACAUAUAAAGGACUUUCAGGAGCAAUUGCGAGAUGUGGAGGAGCGUCACCUUGUGCAAGAAGAGAGGUAUUUGGGUCUGGUGGGGCUUGUUGGUCAUGUUGAUCUAUGGAAGAACACAACCGUCCCUGUUCUUGUAACACAUGCACGUAAUGAUGAACAUGCCCUUGUUGUAGCUUUUAUACGUGCAGCUCAGAAGCUACCAUAUACUAUACUUGUCUAUAACAUUGGCCUUAAGCCCUACUCAUAUAAUGUGGUGUCAAAUUACUGCAAUUCAUCCAAAUGUGCUGUCAUUGAUUUUGAUCUCAGCAUGUAUCCAUCACACGUUCUGGAUCAGAGUAUCACUGCUUUCCGACCGCUUAUAAUUCAGCAUGCGUUGAGCCGUGUCGGUGGAUUGAUAUAUUGCGAACCUCGGACGUGGUGGCGCGGCAGUGCAGCCGGACUAGACGCCGAGUGGGCGCGCGCGUCAAACAGCCGCCUGGGUGUGGUGGCGUGGCCGCGUCGAGCUGCGGUUACUUCACUGACACACCCUCACAUGUUUACCUACUUCCAUGCCAAUAUUGAUGACUUCUUGUUUGUUCAGAUGCUAGAUGCAUCCAGACUCGUCUUAGCCGCACGCGACCAACUAACAGAGAUUAUGCGUCCGUGGGUACAGUGCGCUCUGACCGGUGACUGUAUAAUGCCAGUAGGCGCUCAGUCGGAGGGAUGUCGCUUCGACAAGAAGCCUCAGUACCGUUAUUCAGGAUGUCACGGACAGGAUGCCUCUGCGCUGAGUAUCAUCCUCGGCGUGCGCAGUGGAUUCGAGGAGGGCGUCUAUACGGGUAGUGCUCACGCGCAAUGGGGACGCCUCAGCGUUCUCGCCGCACGUCGCCUAUUCGACUCACUGGAACGGAAUGCCACUACUACGCCCGCACUGUUCUACGCCGAUGACCGCACCGAACACAGCGACGCCGCCUUAUAG